CUCUCAAUCUAGCAAAUGUGUUAGGGAGACAAGAUAUAAAUGGGCGACACACCAAAGGGAAUACUGCGAUCUGUAGUGGAGAUAGAAACUCAACCUAAAGUACCACCACCGGUCACUUGGGAUGAAGAAAAUAUAACAUUGACGCUCCACCCGGCCGAUAAGGACUAUGGUCACAUGAAGAUAGACGAACCUCCGACCCCCUACGAGUAUUAUAAUGGUAGUGACGAUGAGCUACCUGACAAUCUAGCUGACGAACCUUGGAGUCCACCCAAACAAGCUAAACUAGACACUGACCAGCUGCAAUCAACGUUGAAUAAUAUAGACUGGUCCUCACGGCAACUCAAGUUUGAAGAACAAGCGGAAAAAAUGUCUUUAGAAGAAAGCAAAGCCAACAAGGAUUUCAAGGACAAGCGCUCAGUUCACUACAACGAGUUCCAAGCAAUGAAGGAGGCGCGCGCAGCGGGACUUCUAGACGACUCCGAUGACGACGAGGAAAACGGCGUUGAAGAAGUUGAAAAGAUGGAAACAGAAGAAAAUCCCGUUGAUUUGAGUGGUGGUAGCAGUAGAUUGGAAAUAAAAGAACCAAAACAAAGAAGAAGGGUCAGCAUAUCAUCUGAAGUAACAGUCGAUAAAGACCCAGAGAAGUUAUCAGCGUUUGAGAAGAAACGGAGAGCACAUUAUUCGGGCGAAUUCAACAAAGCUGCUCCCUCUGAGAAAUCGGGUUUACAGACUACCACAGGAAGAGAGGCCGGAGAAACAGACGGAACCGAAACAACCGAAACUAAAACGCAAAUCAGCCAGCAGCGCACAGCUUUCCCCUUGCCAGGACCGCGGUCUCCAGCGAGCAAUAUUUGCUUUAUUUAAUAUAUAUAACCUUAAAGGUAAGGUGAGGUAUUUGGAUAAUGUAGCAGCAGAGGAGACAAGUGUGUUCAUUGUUCGCCCACUACUUGAAUUUAUUUUAUUGCGUGGGCUUUAUCAAACAAACAAAUGGUUCUCUCCUCUCCAAACUUUAUAAUAUUGUAACUCUUUUAAAGUUAUUUGUAAUCAUGGUGUAUUGUUUAAUGUUUUACUGGAAAGUAGACUAUGUUUUGCAGGUGUGUGUUGUUACUUACAUACUAGGACUCAGUCUAUUGUAUUUAUUAAUUAAUUAAUUAAUUAAUUAAGAUCUGAAUUUGGAACUAGGUGAUCUUUAUUGCCCUCAUCAGUAAUUCUCUGGAGAUUAGCCCCAAUACUUUAUCUUGAUCAACUACAAAAUGUGUGAUUUGGAGAUUCAGAAAUUUGUGCAUUUUACUCUUAUAAGUCCCUUUAAAGUGUGGACUUCCGCUCAGAUUAUAUUAUAUACUAGCCCUAGCUCAGUAGCUCCCUAGUUGUCACGUAUUAAGUGUUAAGAUACUUCCGCUCAGAUUAUAUUAUAUACUAGCCCUAGCUCAGUAGCUCCCUAGAUGUCACGUAUUAAGUGUUAAGAUACUUUUGUAGCUGAUAUUGGCGCUUUAAACGUUGUCAAUAUGAUAAAGUUAAAUGUUCAUAAUAUACGAUAACAUAAAAAUUGAAGGGCAGUCUUACCUAAUUAAAAUGACUGAACUUAUAAUAUUAUUUUUCUAGAAAAAUAAAUUCUUUCUAAAUGUUAUUAUAUUUGUCCUUUAUGUUUUUAAAAUCGAUUAACUUUUGACCUCUGGUAUAUUUCGUGUCUUUAUUUAUUAUUAAGUCACU